AUGGAGACUAAUAGUGAAAGUAGUUCAGAUAGCAAUUAUUCAAUGGAUGAAGAAUGCAAUAUUGGUGAUUCUAUGUCUACAAAAGGAAAACAGACAUUGGAGGAAGUCAAUAAUGCCAUUGUUUCAGAAGAAGCCAAAGAGCUAGGAUAUGAGGUUCCUUCAAUCAACAUGGAGUUUGACUCUACCGAACAAGCAUAUGAAUUUUAUAAUUCAUAUGCACAAAAAAUUGAUUUUAGCAUUAGAAAAGGCCGAUUAGAAAAAACACAGAAAGGUGUUACACAGCAAACAAAAUUUGUUUGCUCAAAAGAGGGUUAUCGACAAGUGGAUAAACGGACUCGUAAUGUGAAAAAGAGUUGUCCCAUUACAAGAAUUGGUUGUGAAGCAUGA